AUGAGCAAUGCCGCAUUCGUAGCAUCUUUACUGGCCGGAGCUGCUGCUGGCACAUCUACCGAUCUGGUGUUCUUUCCCAUUGACACCUUGAAAACGCGACUGCAAGCAGCAGGAGGGUUUUUCGCCAACGGAGGCUAUCUCGGUAUAUAUAGAGGCCUUGGAAGUGCAGUGGUGGCAAGUGCACCUAGUGCGUCCCUCUUUUUUGUCACUUACGAUGGUAUGAAAUCUCUGUCUCGACCUACUUUUGACCGGCUCAUUCCGUCAAGUAGUCAAACGGCCGAAACUGCGACCCAUAUGUUUUCAUCUUCCGCAGGGGAAAUUGCGGCUUGUAUGGUGCGAGUUCCUGCUGAGGUGAUCAAACAAAGAACACAGACUCAUCGGUCUGAUUCUUCCUGGCAAACGCUGAAAAAGCUGCUUCGCAAUGAAAACGGUGAAGGUGUGAGGCGUAACUUAUACCGCGGCUGGUCCACGACGAUUAUGCGGGAAAUUCCCUUCACCUGUAUUCAAUUUCCCUUAUAUGAGUUUCUCAAGAAAAAAUGGGCCCAUGCUGCAAUGCGAGACCAGGUCGCUCCGUGGCAAGGUGCCCUUUGUGGUUGUUUGGCAGGUGGGGUUGCUGCCGCUACCACGACGCCGCUAGAUGUGCUAAAGACUAGACUAAUGCUCAGCAAAAAAUCCGUACCAGUUUUGAAACUGGCUCGUAAUAUCUACAGGCAGGAAGGCUGGAAAGUCUUUUUGAGUGGUAUAGGUCCUCGAACUUUAUGGAUAAGCGCUGGAGGUGCUAUUUUCCUGGGUGUAUAUGAAAGUGCCCAUUCUCUACUUUCGCUGUGA